AUGGCCAUGGAGGCCAACAGCGACGUUCGGACCGAGUUGGCAAGGGCGAGCACCCUGGCCGAUGUGAAGCGGAACGAACUGAUAGCGGGGAUAUCCGCAAAGCUGCAGGCCAUGUUCCUGCAGAACUUGAUCAUGGCCCCGGAACAGGACCCUCCUCUACGCCGGUUGGCCCAGUUGGCCGACCGGGUAGUGCAGCGGGACAUGCCGGUCGUUUCUGAACCAACCCAUAGUGAGUUGGACGUCAGCCCCAACGAACGCCGCAAACGCUUGAUGAAGUGGCAGCUCGAGGCCGAUGAGUGGCUGGAGACCCUUUGUCUCAACCGGACUGGUGAGGUCAUAGCGCACCUGCUGGAAGAGGUCGGAGACUACUCUUCUUCAUGGACCGACACGGUAAACCAGUUGCGCCGCGAGUCUGUCGGUGGCGGAAGGCUUUUCCGAGAGGUCACCGACCCGGAGUACUGGACCUUCGACAACGAAGACCCCACGGUUAAAAACCUAGUGACCGGGGUUCAGGCGCAGGACAUUGCCUCCAGGAUUCUGAACCGGUUCCAGCUCAGCAACAUGGAGUUGAUGGACAUUUGCCAGACGGUACACCAGUCACUGGGCGGAAAGCCGGUCUACGGCUCCGACCGAGUGGAUAUCCAGGAACUGGAAAACCUGAUGGCAGAGGCCCUGGCGAUCAAGAUCAGGGAGACCGUGGCCAUCGAGGAUGGCUUCCUGUCCCUCAUAUCCACGGGCAACCGCUCCGGGGAGGAACUGGGAGAGUUGCUGGUUGAAAUGCGGAUGGGCGCCGCCGCCAUGGAAGAAAAGAUGUGGCGCGUUGGUGAAUACCGCCUGGGCCACGUGGACUCCGCAGCAGGUGUCGGAAUCACUUCAUCCGCGCUACACGACUCGGUGCUGCGCGGACUUGGUGGCGGAAGGAAAUUCGCAGCGGUGGAGGGACAUCCAAGCAACAACCAUCGUUUCGAAGUCCAGAUGUCGACUGUUGGGGCAUCCUUGUCAGACCUCGCGAUCUUCCGCGACAUGGUCAAUGCCUGGUAUUCCUGGCACUUUGAGGAGCGCCGGGGCGAGAACGGCAAUCGCGGUGCCCGGAUGGAAGCCAUCAGGAAGGAGUCCUGGAAACUGUAUCCGGACAUCGGCCAGAACUCCGGGGUGCGCCCGGCGGUGAUCGAGUUAAUCGACGAUGAUCUCCGGCAGAUCUGGAACACCUCGGGUGAUGUAGCCCUUCGGCUGGCCUAUGGCCAUCUGGAUGAGGCAGACGCGGAGCCGGUGCCCGCUCCAGGGAACGGACGGGCCAGACUGGCCAACUAA